AUGACCCGCUCCCCUCAUCAACCAUAUACUCGCCACCGCUCGAGAUGGCUGGCAACGACCCUGUUCUCGGCCACCCUCCUCGCAGCCGGAGCCCAGGCCGGCUGUGUCUCCCUCGCCAACUCUGUCGCCUGCCCCUCCUUUUCCUCCUUCAGUAUCGGCAAUGACACCAUGAUCACACGUUUCAAGGACUACGGCAUUAUCCUCCAGCCCUUUGCCACCCAGGCCGAGUUCGACAAUGUCAUCAACAACGCCACAGCAUUCCAGCCAGACUCGGCCUGCCCGACCUACAACUCAACUGUCCGGAUUCCUUAUCAGAAUACAGUCCUCUGCGCAAUUGCUGCCAACGACCCGGAAUCGACCAGCUGCAACGCGAACGUCAAGGACCCCAUCAACACUGCGUUGUGUAUCACUUCUUGCCUGACGUUCGAGAAAGGACUCGAAUCGCAGGCAAAUCAGCUCUGCCCCAACAAUGCCGCUUGGGAAACUGGCAACCUUAACGCUCUGAAAACUAUUUGCGAUGGCAGCUCCCCAGAUAGCUGGGCUGCACUUCAGAGCACCGCUGCCGACUGCAUCAGCUCGGCUGUGAACGAGGUCGCCUUCUGUGGCUUGGCUAAUUUGCAGGACAAGUGUGCUUACUGCAACACCAACUCAACGGAUACUUGCUGUAGUAACGCUGGAACGGUCUGUACUAAACCUACUACCACAGAAACAUCGACCUCGUUCAUCAGCCCACCCACCAACCAGGCCACCCCAACAGCAACGCCUACAUCUACUGGAAUGUCAUCAAGUACUCUGGGAGCUAUCAUUGGAGGAUCGGUUGGUGCUCUUGUGCUCGCUGGUCUCAUCAUCUUUUUGUGCAUUCGUCGGUCCAGAACGCAUUCAGGAGGCAAGAAGGGCAACAACUUGUCCCGUCAAAUGUCCAACUCAAGCGGUCGCUACAACAUCUCAGCACCCAAGGUUCAGGAGCAAGGAUUCGCAGCUAUGGCUUCAUCUCAACCCAUCCCCAUGAACAAUUUGAUCUCGUCUGGAGCCUCGGAUCGAUCAUCGCUGGGAGCUGCUGUUGCCGCCGCAGGAGGAGGAGCCGUCUUGGGAGGAGCCAUGGGAGCAGCAGCAGGAUCAGAUAGCGGACGGGAGGCCACAGGAAAGCAAUCGUACUGCCAGGCCCUGUACCCUUACCAAGCCUCGAUGGCGGACGAGCUGGACCUGACACCCGGCGAUAUUGUGAACGUGCAGCGGGUGUUUGAUGACGGUUGGGCAGUCGGAGUCAACAUGAACACUUCGAACGAAGGCGCCUUCCCUGUAGUCUGUGUGAUGUUUGUGGACGAGAGCGCACUGGAGGACGACUUUGAUGACGUCAACAUGCACUCGAUGACUCCCAUGACAUUGAGGGAGGAGGAUGAAGGUAGACGGUCACCCUCUGGACGGAAUUCACCCCGGUCUUCGUUGCCCUCUCGGUCAUCGUCGCCCGUUCACCUGCCUCGGCGUAACUCUUCGAUUCGGGAUAGCACAGUGAUCAUUCCAGCAAUGAACCACAUGACCAGUAGUCCCCUUGCCAGUGGAAAUGCCCCCGGCGACCGGAUGGCGACCCCCGUCCGUGAUACCAUGAUGAGCGAUGCCAGCUCCAUUAACCGCUGGUGGGAGGGCGAGAACGCCAAAUAG